AUGGUCGUCGCUACCAUCAAGUGUGUCGUCGUUGGUGACGGUGCUGUCGGCAAGACCUGCUUGCUGAUCUCGUACACCACCAACAAGUUCCCCGCCGAGUAUGUCCCCACCGUCUUUGACAACUAUGCUGUCACCCCCUACACCCUCGGACUCUUCGAUACUGCCGGACAGGAGGAUUACGACCGUCUUCGCCCUCUCUCGUACCCUCAGACCGAUGUCUUCCUUGUCUGCUUCUCCGUCGUCUCCCCUGCUUCCUUCGAGAACGUUCGCGAAAAGUGGUUCCCCGAAGUCCACCACCACUGCCCUGGUGUCCCUUGCCUGAUUGUCGGUACCCAGCUCGAUCUGCGCCCACCUAAGGAGAAGCGCGACGACAAGCAGGACCCCGUUCUCCGCAAGCUCCGUGAACAAAAGAUGAAGCCCGUCGAGAGAGAGGACGGUGAGAGAAUGGCCAGAGAGCUCGGUGCUGUCAAGUACGUCGAGUGCUCUGCCCUGACCCAGGAGAGACUCAAGGACGUCUUUGACGAGGUAAGUUAUGCUCUCAUCGCGAGUCUCAAGUCCAGGCCAUUGACACAUCUCAGGNCCAUCGUUGCUGCCCUUGAACCUCCUGCCACCAAGGAGAAGAAAAAGAACCACAAGUGUGUCAUUCUUUAA